AUGUUUGACAUAACAAAUGCAAACGUUGGUGAAACAAGAAGAAGAGACGACACACUGAAACAACAGAGAAGAGAGAUGUUUAAGAGCGCUAUAGAACAAGUUCGCAAAGCUAACGAUGUCAUUCGUUCCAUUGACGACAAACCAAAAGAAGGUGAGAGAUGGUUAAAGAAAGAUGAAGAGAAUAGGAAGAGAAAUGUGAAGUCAGGCAAUAGACUCAUUGACUUUAACAUCGAAGCUUUAGAUGAACCAAACAGAGACUACUUACACAAACAUUUCGGUAAGGUUUUCAUGAGACUCUUAGAGAAAAUUAAAAUAAACUCACAACAGAGAUGGAUGGUAUGUUAUAAACUUGGUGGAAAGUAUGAAUGUUCUACGUUAAACCUCAAUAAUAUUGGAACAUUACUACAUCAGCUCUUGAAGGAGAACUUUAUAUCAGAGAUAGAAGCAAAUGCUGCAGGUAUUGUUGAAAUGCACUAUGACUUCUUCUUGACAAACAUAAAGAAUCUUACCGAAAUAAAGAUGUAUGAUUUAACAGAAUAUGAAGGCUUAACGAUGUCAGAUGUAAAGAAAGGCAAACCAAAAAAGAGACCAUAUAGAGAUGAAAGCACACUGACAAAUGACCAGAAAGCCAUUUUGGAAGCUCUUAAGCAAACAGGAAACCCAGCACUUAUAGAAAGCUUUUGGAAAGAUAAUGGUGAAAAGAA